AUGGCUCCUCAGCACUGCAGAUGUAGGGAGGGUACUUUGUCUCGUGCUUUCAGUGCAGAGGGCUUCUCCCUCUACGAGAGACUGGACCUGGAAAAAGACAACUGCACUCAGAAGGACAUUGUCGAGCAGUACCAGAGAUUGACAGAUGAGAACCACCCGGACAAACAUCCCGAUGACGAAGAACGGAAGGUCAAGUUCUUUCAGGUGUCCGAAGCAUACGCAGUUCUCAGCGACCCUGAAAAGAAAAAAGUAUAUGACAAUUUUGGCAGUUUGGGCUUACACGUUGGUCGACAGGUGGGAUACAACAAAGUGGAAAGGUGGGGAGGGUACAAUUUCAUGGCAGUGAUUAUAAUUAUACUGAGUGGCUGCUGUUUCUGCUGCUGCUGCUACUUCUGUUACUGUUUCUGCUGUGGAUUGUGUCUGCCCGAAACAGACACGAAAACUGCCAGGGGUACGAAAGAGGGCAGAGUUGAGUCACAAAACCCAUACGAUAAACACAUGCACGCGAGGCGAAAACCACUGAACGACAGAGUGAUCACCCAUCAGCCACCGAGCGACAAUAACAGACACAAAGAAGAGAAAAACCCCACUUCCACCACUUUUCAAAAGGAGUCCGAAGACUUGGAUUCUUCAAAUGAUCAAACAAUAUAA